GGAGAGAGAGAGAGGAAGUUAGCGGAGCGGCGGCUGGUGCUGUGCCGUCUCGGCGCCUUGGGGACUCUGCCUCCAUCUCGGCUUCCGCGCCCCCCGCUCCCGCCGCGGCAGGAGCACUGUGUCUGCUUGCUCCUGCCCCAUGUGGCCCGUGCUUGUGCGUUGACUGUGGGAUGGUACUGGAGCCCUGGUGGUGCGGUGAUUAAGAGCUUGGCUGUUAAACAAAAGGUCGGUUAACAAAAAGGCCGCUGACCUGACCGGGGUCACCUGUGAGCCAGAAGUGACUUGGAACUUCCCAACAGUGACAGUACCAUGGCGCUUACGGUCAGCAAUGGUUCAGGCCUCCAGAACGAGCGCAUCACAAACCUGCUGGUGUUCAGCUUUCUCAAAAACUGCCCCAGCUGUCAUUUCCACGAAGAGCUGGCGGAGUUGAGCUACGAGCUUCCCCUGCCAGCUCACCUGCGGGAGGAGUAUGAUGAACUGCAGACAGACGGCAACCGGAACAGCCACUUCCACUUCCAAAGUUUUCAGGGAAGACUUGAGCAAGAUUCUGGAAGUCAAGAGGAAGUCAUCCAGAGCAUCGCUGAGCGUCUUGCCCAAAUAGGAGACGAGAUGGAAAGCCAGGUCCACCCAAGUCUGGUGCAAAACCUGGCAAGGCAGUUUAUGGACAGGAACCUGUCAGAAGAAGACAGAAGGAAGCACCUGGCAACUGCCGUGGACCGGGUGAUGCAGACCUGUCUCCUGGACAUGGAGUUGGAAAAGAAAAAGCUCAUGUUGACCAUGCUGUUGGCCAAAAAAGUAGCCGAUCACAUGCCUUCCUUGCUCCGUGAUGUCUUUCGCACAACUGUGAAUUUUAUUAACCAGAACCUACUCACCUAUGUGAGGAACUUAGCCAGAAAUGAGAUGGACUGAAUGGAUGACCCUGCAAGAGCGACUGGUUAAAACUUUCUGUGGUGACAGCAGUACAGCUGCCGCAAAGGAAAUGGAGCCGUGGCUGUUUAAGCAAAGUUCCUAGAGAACACAGGCACUAGAUAAUAGCUAUUUAUUUCUAUUUUAAAGAUGAUUUUUAAGCUGGUGACCCAUUUAGGAAUUUCCAAUUAUACUUGAAAGAAAAUGUUAACCUGCACAUAUUUGAAUGGGUUUCAUACCAUCUCCCAAAUUCAUCUACAAAUGGUGCCUUUAUCUUGUUUUGGCUGUAUAGGUUCCCACCUGAAAUUUAAAUUUAAAAACAGGUUGUAAUGCAGAAGGAAAAAAACAGUGUUUGUUUUUCUGUAAGAAAGAAAAAAAUCUUUACGGUUUAUUAAAUUGCACCCUUGGGGCAUGAUCUUACAGCAAGCAGUGUCCUAUCUGAGGAGAGUGAAGAUUGGAGAAGAAAUGCUCACACCCCUUACAAAUGGAGAAUUCCACUCAAAAUGGGGAACGUCUUAAUACUGAGGAAGUAACAGUCUUCCUGUUAAAAACCAAAUGACACAAGAGCUUUUGGGAUAAAGUGCUGUAUUUCAAAUGAUGGAAAAAUCAGACCUCAAUAAAUAGGUUUUUUACUUUU